AUGUGCAUCCUUCUAUUCAAGUUUGACCCUCGGCCAGUUUCCAAGAAUGCAUACAGGCUUAUUCUAGCAGCUAAUAGAGAUGAAUUUUACUACAGACCUUCCAAAUCGGCAGAUUUCUGGGACAGCAGCAAUGAGAUCCUUAGUGGUCUGGAUAUGGAGGAAGGAAAAGAAGGUGGGACGUGGCUGGGGAUCAGCAAGAAAGGCAAGAUGGCAGCUCUGACAAACUACAUGCAGCCAAAGAUUGACAAAAAUGCAAAAGGAAGAGGUGCUCUUGUAACAAACUUCUUGACUGCAGAUCUGGACAGCUACUCUUACUUGAAGAAAGUUUCAGUAGAAGGGCAUCUUUACAAUGGAUUUAAUUUAUUAGCAGCUGACUUGAAUACCACCAAAGGUGAUGUAAUUUGCUACUAUGGAAACAAAGGAGAGCCAGAACCUGUUUUCCUAAAUCCUGGAAUAUAUGGAUUGAGUAAUGCAUUGUUGGAUACACCAUGGAAGAAACUUCAGUAUGGGAAGCAACUUUUCACAGAAGUGGUCGAGAGAAGUCAAGACCUUACCAAAGAAGAGUUGGUGCAGGAGCUUCUUACAGUGAUGAAUAAUCAAGAGCCUCAGUUACCAGACCCUGCGAUUGAAGACCAAGGGAAGGAUUAUAUACGUCCUAUAUUGAACAAGUAUGCAGCUGUAUGUGUUCGUUGCCCAGGUUAUGGAACAAGGACUAACACGGUCGUUCUCAUUGAUUCAGAAGGAUGGGUUACUUUCACAGAGCGCAACAUGAUCAAUGCGGAUGUCAACCAGUGGAAAACAAGCACCUAUGAAUUCAAACUGCACACUUAGCAACUUUCCAUCUGAAUGGUUUGUAAUAAGAGCAAUGAGAGAACAAGCCAUUAAGCUCUAGUAAUUGUUUUGUGCCAGCCUCCACAAGCUAAAAAUAGCAAGGAAAGCAAAAGUUUAAAU